GUUAUGAGACCAGCUAGUAGCUAACAUUAGCUAGCAAACGUCUUAGCUCGCUAGCAACUCUGAACUGAUGCUCAGACAGUGUGGCUGCUGUUUCAUGGAGAUAGUAAUCCAGAACAAAGCUAGCCAGUUGCUAACUACUUAACAGUGCCGAUGUCUGACCACUUUAAAAUAGUUGGUUAAGCAGGCUAUGAAGUUAAUUCCACGUGACUUUCACCUAUUUGUUUAAAAACGUACAUAUUUUGUGCUGCAUAAUUUUAGGGUGCGACAGAGCUUGCACGUUUUGUCAGCUCUGCGCAGCCCUUCUUUUGGUUAGCUUGCUCGCUAGCUAUCUAGGCUACACCGUGGGGCUACAUACGCUAGCUUGUUAAACUCAUGUUUUGCGACUCGUGAGAACUGGAGCACUUGCUUGUUUUAUAGCAAGAUAGGUGUACGAAUACGGCAUUCCCCUCCACCACAAAAGUGUUACCACUUCAGUAUAGAUUAGCGUCAACCUGUUUGUUAGCCAGUUGCACCCACGCGCAUUCUAGUCUGCAACUUUCAUGAGCUCGGGAAGGUUUCUUUUCAGCAUUUAUGGCUCGGGGUAGCUAGCUAGCCACCAAGCGAGGCUGGGUUUAAGCGUGUGCUCUCCUUCGGCUUUAGUAUGAUGCCAGUCCGAGGAUCUGAUGUUGCCAGUGAGGCCUGAUGAAAGCAAAUGUUUACUGAAGUCAGCAACAUAAAGAUGAGGGUGCCCACAUUCUGCUGCAGAGGAGCGAGCACCACGAUGAGGAGACAGUAGGCACCCGCUGGAGUAUGGCCGCGUCCCGUUCCUCGCGCGUCACAAGGUCAUCGUCAGUGGGGAUCAAUGGAUUGGAUGAGAACUUUUGCGGUCGAACCCUCAGGAACCGCAGCAUCGCCCAGCCGGAGGAGUGUUCGUCGUCUCCCCUGGCCCGGGCCCGCUCGCCCAAGAAGAAGCAGGACUCCCAGCAGGCCUCGUCGCAGCCGGCCGCUCAGCAGGGGAAGGUAGCCGACUCCAAGGCCUCGUCCGCCGAGGGGGAGCCGUGGGCGAGCCCCAGGAAACGAGGCCUCUCCUGCUCGGAGAGAGACCCCGGCGCGGAGAAGGCGGAGAACUGCGAGCGGGGGAAGGCCGGGGCGCGGGAUGCGUCUCCGCCCCUCAAGCGAGCCAAGCGGUGCUCGCGCUCCGGGGACUCGCAGGGCCACGACCACGACACCCAGCCCCCCGAACCCGAGAGCCCCGCCUCUGCCCCCGCAGCUCUCAAGGAGAACAACAAAGAGGACUUGCCCAGCCAAAACUUUGCCACUGCAGCCUCCUUCUCGCCCGACCUCGGCAAAGAGGAAGAGGGGAAGGACGACGGCUGUGUCGAGUGUGACGGACCCGCACGCCCCCAGAACACCCACAAGGCCUCCAACGGUCUGGGCGAGAACGGCGACAAGGAUGCCCAGCAGGACACGCCCUCUGAAGAGCCCCGCUUGAAUCCCUCUCCAUCUGUCACCAGCCCGACACUUCUCAACGGUAGCCAGGCGGGGGCGCCCUCGUCCCCUGAGCCCAUCGUGCCUUGUAGAAACUCUGUCCCCGAGCAGGCGGAGGUCAGCUGCUCAGAGGAAGCCCCCACCGUGCCACUGGCCCCCUCCCAGGACCCCGCCCCUGAGCUGCUGCUGGUCAGGGAGCCGGAGGUGGAGGUGGAGGAGGUGGAGGUGGACGUCGUGGGGGACUCCCUCUGCGUGGCCCACGAGGAGCAGGUGACGGAGGAGGAGAGCGGCGGCACCAACGGUCGGCCGCUCUCGCCCGUGCAGGACCCUGCUCCCUCCGCCGCCGCCAACGACAGCCCAAUCACCAAUAACAACAACUCAGGAGAAACGACCCCCCCGCUUGCCCCCCCCGCUUGCCCCUUGGAGCCGGGGUGCACCCCCUCGGUGUCCUGCACGCCCCCCUCCUUCACGGAGUCCCACGAACACAGAUACACCCUGAGAACUUCGCCCAGGAGGGCAACCUGCGGGGGGCCUCGGCCCCCCUCCCCACCCAGGGACAACGGGCCCCUGCUGGAGGAGUGGGGAGCGGGGGUGCAGGAGAGCAUGGAGGUGGAGACCAGCGAGAGGCUGGAGGAGCCGGCCUCUGUGGACCAGGGGGAGAGGGCAGGCGGGGAGGGCUUUGCCCAGGUGGAGGGUAGAGGGGCCGGGGUCAGCAAGGAGCCAGCGUGCAGCCAGGUUGCGGAGGAGGAGGACGAGGAGGAGGAACCAGACGUGUAUUACUUUGAGUCAGACCACUUGGCCCUCAAACACAACAAAGAUUACCAGAGGCUGCUGCAGACCAUCGGGGUGUUGGAGGCCCAGCGCGCCCAGGCCAUCCUGGACCUGGAAGAGCUGGCCCGCCACCAGAGGGAGGCACUCUCAGAGCCCGUCAGCUUUGUAGAGCAGCUGCAGAAACAGGUGGAGUUGGGCUUGCCCUGCCCCCAGCGGGUGGUCCAGCUGCCGGACAUCACGUGGGACCAGUACACCUCAGGUCUAGGAGACUUCGAAAGGGAGUUCUGCGACAAGAAGCGCAAAACCAGGCGAUUGAAGCUCAUAUUCGACAAGGUGGGAUUGCCAGUUCGACCAAGAAGUCCUUUGGAGCCCAAGAAGGAAGGUGAAUCGUCCACCAUGUACUCUGCCCUGCCCUCCAGUGAUGCUCCAGAAAAUGGCACAGAAACACAGAUGAUCAGAGGCAGGUUGUGUCACCAGAGCAAGCCUGACACCUUCAACCAGCUGUGGACCGUGGAAGAACAGAAAAAACUAGAGCAGCUCCUCCUGAAAUUCCCUCCUGAGGAGGUUGAGUCUAAACGCUGGCAGAAGAUUGCUGAUGAUCUGGGUAACCGGACAGCCAAACAGGUUGCCAGUAGGGUGCAGAAGUAUUUCAUCAAACUGACAAAAGCAGGAAUCCCUGUGCCUGGAAGGACUCCCAACAUGUGCAUGUACAGCAAGAAGGCGUCCAGCAAGAGGCAGCACCACCUCAACAAGCACCUGUACAGGCAGUCGACCUUCCUCACCUCGUACGAGCCUCCGGUCUACAUGGACGAGGAGGACGAGCACACCAGGUUCUUCAACAGCCUGCAGGACCACUCCGCUGACGACUCGGACGAGGAGACCAUCCCCCUGGAGUACCGCCACUUGCCGGAGUACAAGGAGCUGCUGGAGCUGAAGAGGCAGAAGAAGCAGAAGCUGCAGGAGCUGCAGGACGACAGCGCCCUGGCGCUGCACCAAGGCUACAAGUGUGACAUGUGUGGCAUGGAGCCUAUCCAGGGGGUGAGGUGGCACUGUCAGGACUGUCCCUCAGACAACGCUGUCGACUUCUGCGCCAACUGCUCAGACUGCUUGUUUAAGACUGAGACUCAUAAACCCAGCCACCACCUGGAGCCUGUGUACACCGAGACCUUCCUGGACCGGGACUACUGCCUGCCUCAGAGCACGGGCUACAACUACCUGGACCCCAACUACUUCCCCGCCAACAGAUGACAGGCGCCAAGGCUUAUCUCCCACAGCAUCCCACAGGCCUCUCUGUGCAUGGCUUCAUCCUCCAAGUUCAAGAUACUGCUUAACCCGUCGCCAGCCAGCCAGGCAGACAAGACAGACAGACAGGCAGGCAGCCCGGUGUCCACACCCUCCCUCCCCCACAGCUGUGGACAGUGGUGGCGGGGUGGGGGGAGGGGGCCCGUGGAGGCUGGCCAUCCUCACUCGCCACAGAGGGGGGCCAGGAGGGCUCUCAGAGAACGGGGCCAGGUUACCUACCACCAACGGAACAAGUCUCUGAAACAAACACACACACUAUUUAAAAAAAACAAUAAUAAAAAAAUAAAAAAAGGAACUACAAGAAGAAGAAGCAAAAAAAAGAAACAACUGUUGGCACACCGACAUUCCCAGUGACUCAGAGAAUGGACCUCCAACCCCCCCCCCCCCCACCUCCUCCUCCUUGCUCUGGCCCACAGCACGUAACUGGAGAAGCAGGCAGAGAUCCACUCAGUGUAAUGGUGUGUACGUGUGAUCACUCCCAGUGUAGCAGACCCGCUCAUCAGCCAAGGAUCACACAGAGGGGCAGUGGGACCUCUGUUCUCUGAGAGGAAAACUAAUUGUCCUUAGGUAAUCUAUCUGUAGUUGAGUAUUUAUGAAUCAAGCUUCCUCAGUUCGGACAGGCCUGGAGUAAAGACCCUGGGGGGGUUUUGAGGGACUUGAUGCCGGGAUAAUACAUUUUGGGGGAUUGGUACCGGGUUUUUAACCAAUCACAGGAGCUUUGCUGAUCCAUACGUUUCUAAAGACGCACCUGUUAACAGACCCUGCGCCAACCACGCUGAGGGACUACCACUGUCACUCAUCGCUUCUCUCUCUCUCUCCUCAUGUCUCAACCCCCCUCUCCCUCCACGGUUGUUUCUUUGUCUUUAAAUGUGUCACACGCCCCCCACCCCAGUAAUCUCAACCUGGUCCGUUUCCAGUUAAAUAGCACUACAGCAUGGACAACACGAGCUGAAGGAAGACUUGUGGGAUGCAUAUAGACGUACGAAAAUAAAAGGAUGUAGAAAUGAUUGUUUUCCUUGUUUUUUUUUUUUUUACUUUUUCCAAUGUGUGCUGUCGUUAAUCAUGUGGAGUAUUCAAAUGGUGAUAAGUACCCAGUGGUAGUUGCUGUGUGCCAUUUAUUUUGUCUGGAGAAUCCCACCUCUGCAACCUGUACUGUCCUCCAUGACACAACCCAAUCACAACACCUCUAGACCCUCUUUCAGUUUG